AUGUCGAAUCAGUGGUCACCAUCGUCUUGGAGGUCCAAGCCCAUCGCUCAGAUCGAACGCUUGCGCUAUCAGCUCGGCCUUGUCCAGCGAAACGAGGCGUUCCUGCUGCACGCCGGCGACUGCGCGGAGAGCUUCGACGCUUGCACCCAUAACCCGCUUUCCUCUGGUCGGUUUGGAUUCGCAGGAGAAUAUCUCCUCGAAAAUCGGUUUGAUCUUGUCGUUCUCCUUGAUCCUCAUCUGGGGCGCUCGUCUUCCUGUUGCCGUAUUGCUGGACAAUACGCGAAACCCCGAAGCAGCAGCACCGAAAAAAUUGAUGGACGCGAGGUCCUCAGUUUCAGAACCGAGUUUGAGAAGAUCGUCGACGGUCUUUCCGAUGCCCUGGACUUCAGUCGUACCAUCGGCAUGGAUUCCAGUGUCUCCUACGAACAAGGUGGAGGUCGAGGAACACUUGGCGAAGUCGACUUCUACACCAGGCAAGUUCUAACUUCAUCUUCUUCCCCUCGUUUCGGUGUUCUCUACCUUUCUUCCACAACCACCUCCGUCUCGUUUAAUUGGAGAGCACCACACUGUGAGGUUUAG